AUGGGCUUGGAGAAGUUUGCUCUCGUGAUGUUUCUUGGGUAUAUCUCUCUUCCUGUGCUGUGCGAAGUAAAUCGAUACGUUUACAGUGUGAGUAGUUUUCCUUGAAUUACACCUCCUUAUCUUCCCUACAAUCCAUUUGUUAUCUUCACCCAGCUCGUUUUUGGCUUUAUACGCCUUCACUUUCUAUCUCUCCGUCUUCUUUCUUCUUCUUCUUCUUCUCAUCCUCCUCUUCUUAUCUUAGAGUUUAUUCGCUACGAUUUCCCAUCAAGUUCUGGCUCGCCCAAGCAUCUACAAUAUUCUCUCUCUUCUUCUUUUCGUCCUCCUCUCAGUUUGAUAAUCUUUGCGAGUAAAAAUUGUAUUUCCUGGCGUCCUCCAUAUCUUUCUUAGUGUGGAAUUUCAUUGGGAGGGAGGGUUGAAUUCAGUAAUCUCGAGAAUCAGUAGGAUUGAAGGUCGUAUGCCGGCUCGUCGCAGAUUGAAAAAGCUAACUACACCAGACUCUGUCGAACCAAGAGCAUCUUGACCGUCAAUGGCCAGUUCCCUGGGCCGACUCUUUACGCGCAUCACGGCGACACGGUGGUCGUCAGAGUCCUCAACCGUGCUGACCAGAACAUCACUCUCCACUGGUACGCGUGAUCUCUCCUCAAAUUUAUAAGGCCUCAUAUCCAUCGGUUCUCAAAACCCCAAGGAAAAAAAUCACAAAUCGAGCAGUUCAGAUGGCUAAUCACUCGCUAAUCCUCGAAAAGAUCUGAGAAGUGAAUGCCCAAAAGAUUUCCAAAGCACCGAGUCAAUGGGCGUGCCUUAUAAAAUAUCUGUAAGAAGAUUGGACGGUACUUGGAUAGUUUUCUGGGGUGGAAUCUCUGAGAUCCUUGCACUGCAGGCAUGGAGUGAAGCAGCCGAGGAACCCAUGGUCGGACGGGCCCGCUUACAUCACCCAGUGCCCUAUCAAGCCAGGAGCGGAAUUCACGUACAAGCUCGUCUUCUCCAACGAAGAGGGGACCGUCUGGUGGCACGCCCACAGCGACUGGGCACGCGCGACCGUUCACGGGGCCAUCGUCAUCUACCCGAAGCCCGGCUCCUCCUUCCCCUUCUUCAGACCAGACGAGCACCUCCCCGUCAUACUAGGUUGGUCGUCUCUUCGUACCCGCCGACAUCGCCUGCACUAACUCUGAGUCUCAUUAGGUUUUUUGCCCUGAGCGGAGAGUUCAUGGUUUCAUCAUCAUUCUUCAACAAGUUAUCGUCAACUGAAAGCAUUCUUCUGUGAAGGGGAACAAUAGGUUACAUUAUGGUGAACUUUCUCAGUGACAAGAGGGCAAACGUUUUUGGUAGAGACGUGAGGAGAAGUGCUGAGAGAAGGGUAUUGGCGAUCUUUUCCUUCACCAUCGAACCAAGCAUACAGCCGGACCUGCCGGAGAAUGGAGGCGAUACGACUUAAUACCUAAGUUUAUUAUGAUAUCUUACCCAUAUUUGCUUGCUUAUAAAGGGGAAUGGUGGAAGCGGGACGUCAACGACGUGCUGACAGAAAUGCUUCAAACGGGAGGCGCACCCAAUGUCUCCGACGCCUUCACCAUCAAUGGGCAGCCGGGGGAUCUCUACCCGUGCUCCAAGGGAGGCAAGAUCAUGAGCUUGAUCGUCUUUUUCUUUUUAGUAAUCUUUCAUUAAAGUAUCUUCGCUCUCAUUUGCUGUAUGGUCCUCGCAGGUACGCAGGUUAUUGCGGUGGAGAACGGCAAGAGAUAUCUCCUCCACGUGGUCAACGCUGCUCUCAACGAGGAGCUCUUCUUCUCCAUCGCCGGGCAUCCAGUCACCGUCGUCGGAGUGGACGGCACGUACACGAAACCCUUCCCCACCGACUACAUCAUGAUAACCCCGGGGCAGACCAUGGACCUGCUAUUGGAGGCGAACCAGUGUUCCUCCACGGCCUACUACAUGGCCGCAAGAGCCUACUCCAGCAGCGCCGCCGUCCCCUUCGACAACACUACCGCCACCGCCGUCUUGGAAUACGCCGGCAGCGACAGCGGCUCCUCUCGCGCUAGCCCUCUGUUCCCAGGCACCUUGCCGGCGUACAACAACACUGGGGCGGUGGCCAACUUCACCGCCGGCCUCCGGAGCCUCGCAAACGCCGACCACCCGUCCGACUUCCCGCUGACUAUCGACAGCCACGUCGUCAUCACAGUUUCCAUCAACGAGCUCCCCUGUCCCAGAGACACCUGCGAAGGACCCAACGGCACCCGGAUUGCCGCCAGUCUAAAUAACAUCUCCUUCGUUACCCCUCAGGUGGACAUACUGACGGCAUACUAUAGGAGGAUCGGCGGCGUCUUCGCCACCGGCUUCCCGAGCAGGCCGCCGCUGCUCUUCAACUUCACAGCGGAUGACUUGCCGUCUGAGCUGCUACUGCCGAGGAAGGGAACCGAGGUGAGACUGAUCGAGUACAACACAAGCGUGGAGGUGGUCUUCCAGGGGACGAACUUGGUGGCGGGGCUGAACCACCCAAUGCAUCUCCACGGGUACAGCUUCUACGUCGUGGGGUGGGGGUUCGGGAACUACGACAGGGAGAAGGACACCCCGCUCUACAACCUCGUAGAUCCCCCCAUGAUGAACACUUUCGGAGUUCCGAGGAACGGCUGGGCCGCCGUCAGAUUCAGGGCUCUCAAUCCCGGUAAACUCCCCGUCUCUUCCUCCUCCUCCCUUCCCCCGUCCACUAGAGGAAAACAUUCUACAGGAGAUGCCUCUGAGAUCACUAUGCUGACUCCACCUUACGUUCACCAGGUGUCUGGUUCAUGCACUGCCACCUGGAGCGGCACAUGACGUGGGGUAUGGACGCAGUCUUCAUCGUGAAGAAUGGAGAGAGUCCAGAAGCCCAGAUGCUCCCUCCACCUCCCGACAUGCCUCCGUGUUAG